GUUGGUACACAUUGAGGUGUGCCUCCAUCGCAUUCGCAUCGCAAGAAGCAACUUAUCAAAAGUUCCAUUAUUUAAGCCGAAACGGGCAUUUAUAUAAGUGUUACUAGUUAUCUUGUGCAAUUGCAUUGUUUUCUGUAUAGUUCAUAGUUGAAGAAACGAGCUCGUGCAUCCAAAAAUGAGCAUCUUUGCCAACGUCGAAGUCGGACCACCGGUUGAGGUAUUUGCACUGAACCAGGCCUGCCUGAAGGACAGCAAUCCGAACAAAGUCAAUCUAGGAGUCGGUGCCUAUCGUACCAACGAGGGAAAACCAUGGAUCCUGCCAGUGGUGAAGAAAGCCGAAGCGGCCAUCGUCGCCGACGGUAGCCUGAAUCACGAGUACCUUCCCGUACUGGGAAUGGAUAACGUGACCAACGCUGCCACCACACUACUACUGGGCGACGAAUCCGAGGCCAUCAAGAGCAAGCGUGCCUUCGGGGUGCAGUGUCUAUCGGGAACCGGAGCCCUGCGGGUCGGUGCCGAGUUCCUUUGCCGUAUCCUGAAAAGGACUACUUUCUACUAUUCCUCGCCAACGUGGGAAAACCAUCAUAAGGUGUUUGUCUACGCCGGAUUUGCCGAACCACGCACCUAUCGCUACUGGCACCAAGAGCGGCGUGGAAUCGACUUUGAGGGUAUGAUUGAGGAUCUGAAGGGUGCUCCCGAGGGUGCGGUUAUCAUUCUGCACGCAUGUGCGCAUAAUCCUACCGGUGUGGAUCCAACACAAGAGCAGUGGAAGAAAAUUGCCGACGUUUGCGAGCAAAAGAAGCUGUUUCCGUUCUUCGAUUCGGCCUAUCAGGGAUUUGCCAGUGGCGACCCCAACAAGGAUGCCUUUGCCGUUCGGUACUUUGUAGAACGCGGAUUUGAGUUAUUCUGUGCGCAAAGUUUUGCGAAGAACUUUGGAUUGUACAACGAGCGGAUUGGUAAUCUUACCAUCGUACAGAAGAAUGAGUCCACCAAGGCGGCCGUUGCGUCGCAAAUUACGUUGCUGAUCCGAGGAAUGUACUCCAACCCACCUGCAUUUGGUAGCCGCAUCGUCAAUCUUGUGCUAAACGAUGCAACUCUGCGAGCCGAAUGGAUGGAAUGCAUUAAGACGAUGAGUUCGCGCAUCAUCACCAUGCGGAAGGCGCUAUAUGAUGAACUGGUGGCCCUGAAGACUCCUGGAACGUGGGAGCACAUCACUCAACAAAUCGGAAUGUUCUCAUACACCGGGCUCAAUGAAAAACAAGUUGAUAUCCUGAUCAAAGAGUUCAGCAUCUAUCUGCUAAAGACCGGUCGAAUCAGCAUGUGUGGUUUGACCGAAAAUAACGUCAAGUACGUGGCAAAGGCGAUCAACGAAGCGGUCACGCGUGCGUCUUCCAAAAUUUAGAUUUAACUACGGAAAAAAAGUUUCUGCAACUGCAGCAUUUCGCUUGUUCGAAGAACAUUGAUCCUUAUUGUUGUGUGAUUAUGUAAGUCAUUUGCAAGGCAAGGUAGCAUUAGUUGGUGAGUAGAAUGUUAGAAUGGAAAUUAUAAACGGCAUUUAUCUGUUAUUGUUUUGAAAGCAAGAAGAAUAAAACAUCAAAAUAAGCCUACACUACACGUACUCCACUAAUACAACAAGGAAUGACCAAACUCAAAAGCAAAGCAUGUACAAAUUUUUUAGUAAAUGGAAUCGGAAGAUCAACAAACGAUAA